AUUAAAGAUUUCAUUUCAGUAUCAGAACAAGCUUGCAAGAGUACGAACGUUUGUUGUGUUAUACGAAAUCUAGUGUGCAAAAAAAAAACGUAAAACAUGCCACGACGUGGACGUGCAGCAAAUCCUCCACCAAGGACGGUUAGACGAACAUCAGCUCCAGUCGCAGCUCCUGCACAACCUGCACAUACUCCUGCACAUGCUCCUGCAGCAACACCAAUGAUGGCUCAACCUCAGCAGCCAUCCCUCAUGGGACAAAUGGCUGCUACUGCUGGAGGUGUCGCUAUAGGUUCUGCUGUUGGUCAUACUAUUGGACAUGCAGUAACUGGACUUUUCAGUGGAGGAUCUAGUGAAUCUGCUGUUGCACCUGCAGCACCUGCUGUAGCACAAAGUGCACCAGCUUCUGCACCUAUUGGUGGAGCUUGUGCUUGGGAAGUAAAACAAUUUUUGGAAUGUGCUAAUAAUCAAUCUGAUCUUACACUGUGCGAAGGGUUUAAUGAAGCUCUCCGUCAAUGCAAAGCAGCUAAUAAUGUAGUUUAAACGAGUAUCUUCCCAAAAGCAUUUGGAUGAUAGAAGAAAUUUAGGAGCUCAGCAUCAUGUGAAUUAAUUUAAUAAAUCUUAUAAAAAUUUGGAUUUAAUUUACAAUAAAUAAAAAUUAUGUUAAAAUUAUUAUUAAUAUGUAUUAGACAAUAUCUUUGUAUGUAUAGAAGUGAAAUAAAUUGACUUCUAUUUACACAUA